AUGAUUGUGAAAGCUUGGGAGCAAGACAUGGAUGUGAUAAAAGAUCAAUUUGAGGUCAUACCAACGUGGAUUCAGAUGAGACUAGACUUCAAAUAUUGGAGUGAGAGAUGCCUUGCAAAGCUAGUGAGUCCAAUAGGAAAAUUUGUGAAAGUUGAUGCUGCAACUGCAAAAAGGGAGAAACUCCAGUAUGCGAGGGUAAUGAUUGAGGUGAAGAUUGAUCAGGAGUUUCCAGAUCAAUUGAGUUUUGUGAAUGAGAAAGGGAUUGAGGUUGUGAUUGAGGUGAAUUAUGAAUGGAAGCCAGAGAAAUGCUUGAAGUGUAAACAGUUAGGUCAUAAGACUGAGUUAUGUAAUAUAGGUGCCCAGAAACAAGUCUGGAAGGAAAAGGAGAUUCAAGUGAAGGUGUCUAAUCAAAAUCUUAUUAAGAAUGGAGAUGCAGGACCUUUCCAAAAGGUUAUUCAGGCUACCAGGAGAGAAAGACAAAUUGCUAAACCUGUUAAGGUCAACAAUUCAUUCACUAUAUUGACUAAGGUAGGGGAAGACCAGGUGAUGAUUGGAACUGUAUCAUGUGAUGCAGAGAAUGUAGAGAGUGCUAGGAGGGGGGACCCUCCUGCUGUGAAUGGAUAA